GAUUUGAACGCAACGGAGCUGCGCGCGUGCGAUACGCUCGACUGCAGAGCGACGACACGAUCAUGCCUAGAGCAUCCUAGUGUCACUCGAUAGUGAAAUAGUGACGCAAUGCUGUGCCCGGAGAACUAUAAACCGUCACGAGCACUGCUCAGGUUGAGCCUCCGUAGCCGUGGCCAAGAAUAUCCAAGAGUGGCUGCUCUUCAUGGCGUUGCAUAUGUCGCCGACCCGACAAGACCGCGGGCAGAGAGAAUCGGCUGGGGUGUUUGCGUUUUAAUAUCGAGUGCUGCGGCGUUGGGCAUUAUUGUUACGCUUAUGGACAGAUUCCAGACUAAUCCAAUGUUGGAUAGUCUAGAUACCCGACCUGGGGGUGCUCCGAUUCCUUUUCCAAAAAUUUAUCUAUGUCCUCCUUGGGAACCGUUUGCAGGAAUUGGUGAAAAUAAGAAGCACAGCAACGAUGUUUACAAACGCCUCUACAAAUGGGACUUUAGUAAGCCUUUGCAUGUAAACGUAACUAAUUCUGAUGACUCCGCACGUGCAAGGGAGUUUUUCGUUCAGCAUUCACCAAAGUGCGAAACUUUCAUCCGAAACUUCUCUUUAAACGGAAAACAAUUGAAAUGUUCCUCUUUUGAGGGCUCGUUUGGGCCAGCGGGCAAAUGCUUUAUUGUUCCAUCUUUAGACCUUGUUAUCGAUACCGUUGAAAUCAACUUCAGCUUCAAACCAACGUUCUACCCAACAAGAGUUUUUAUGGCUCUACGUGAAGAUCCAGAAGUCCUGCCGCAUUUUCCGUUUCACAUUUUUCUCUUUCCAUCCGCCAUAACGGUGGAGCUGCAGGAAACGUACACGUCACCGGAAGCCAGAGUGCUCGCACGAUUUCAACGGAAAUGUUAUUUUCCGGGAGAGCAGCCUCCCGUUUUGAAAUGCCUGCUGGAUUGUCAGGUGGCCAACUCUCUCAAACACUGUAAUUGUGUUCCUUGGUACCUUGCCAGGGUUGGUGUCAAGGAAUGUCCGAUAAACAGAUACGAGUGCUUGACCAGCAAGUCCGCAGAGAUAUUGGACGUGUCGAGGUGUUUAUGCCGGCUGUCCUGCGACAACAUUGCCUUCAAGAAGGCCCAGUUCGAACUGAAGUCAGCAUCGGAAAACUGCGAGAUCAAAAUAAUGGCAAGGUCCAAGUUGAAGUUUAGAAGAACGGUUCGGUUCGGCUGGGUCGAUUUACUCGUCUCUUUUGGCGGUAUAGCCGGCCUUUUUCUUGGGUCUUCGUUGUUGUCAGGGGUUGAAUUCGGCUAUUAUUUCUCUCUACGAACCUAUUGCGGUGCCGUACUCAGCGCACCAAAGCGCAGAUACAACCUGACAAAAAUAAAAGUUUUGGAUAGCGUGUGGUCGGUAAGUUACCCGACGAGUACGCGGAAACGGCCUGUUUUACCGAGAGAUGAAAUUACUACCUAUGAUUACAUAAAUUGA